GAUGGUUACAUGGACUCCACACACAACCAGUCUUCGGCGUUUGACGGAGACACACAGCAACAUGAAGCUCUUGGUUGUUUUAGUAGCAUCGUUGGCCGUGGUGGCCUUUGCCAGUGAGGAGAAAGGUGCACCUAAAAAAGCGGCAGCUGAAGACAGUAAGAAGCAGGACAAACGGGGAAUCUAUGACAUCGGUUCUUAUGGCGGCGGCAGCAUCGGAGGAGGGGAUGAGGGCCACGGAUACUCAGUUUCUGAGGGACACAGCUUUGGUGGCUCUGAAGGUUACAGUCUAGGUGGCCAGGAAGGCGGACACGAUUUCGGUGGCCAUGAAUCCUUGAGCCUCGGAGGUGGUGGUGGUUACUCCAGCGGAGGCGACUGGAAGCCUAUCUCCAGCGGCGGCGGCGGCGACUACGGUGAACAUGGCCAUGAACACGUCAAGACCAUCGAAGUCGUCAAGAAAGUCCCCGUGCCAUACACUGUAGAGAAACACGUCCCCUACACCGUUGAGAAGAAAGUGCCCUAUGAAGUCAAAGUGCCCGUGCCCCAGCCCUACACCGUUGAGAAGAAGGUCCCCGUCACUGUUAAGGAGUACGUUAAAUACCCGGUCUAUGUGCCUGAGCCUUACACUGUAGAGAAGAAAGUUCCCUAUGAAGUCAAGGUUCCAGUUGACAAGCCAUUUGAAGUUAAAGUGAAAGUGCCCACUCCCUACACCGUUGAGAAAAAGAUCCCUUAUGAAGUCAAAGUGCCCUACCCACAGCCUUACACUGUUGAGAAAAAGGUGCCGUACCCAGUCAAGUACGAAGUCAAAGUACCCCAGCCUUAUGAGGUCAUUAAGAAGGUACCUUAUGAAGUGAAAGUACCCGUCGACAAGCCUUACAAUGUGUACGUGCCCAAGCCUUACCCAGUGCCAGUGGAGAAACCUUACCCAGUAACAGUCCACAGGCCUGUGCCGUACGAAGUCAAGGUCCCAGUCGACAAGCCUUACAAGGUUGAGGUCGAGAAACCUUACCCAGUGCCAGUUAAGGUACCAGUUCCCAAGCCUUAUGAUGUGUACAAGAAGAUUCCCUACACCGUUGAGAAGAAGGUGCCUUAUGAAGUCAAGGUACCCAUUGACAAGCCUUACCCAGUAUACAAGGAGGUGCCUGUACCCCUCGUUAAAGAGGUACCUUACCCCGUGAAGGUGCACGUACCCGUUUACAUUAAGAAAGAGGAGGAACACCACGGUUGGCACUAAGCGCCGUCGGUACCUUCGCUCACACCAGUACCUUAUAGGCUAAGAAAAAAUGUGAUCUUUUAUUUAGUAUUUGUAGUGUAUGUAUUUGCAACUUGACUGCAUCGGUGCUGAUCGCUCACGUGUAAGGUUGUGAUGUUACCACGGUGGUACUGAUGGGCCGGUAGUAGGUUCACGAUCGGUUCCUACACGAGCUCAAAUUGUUGUCCGCAUAGCAUUGAUUAACGAUGCGCGGUCGGUCUGUCCAAUUGUAGAUAUAAAUAUGUUGUUACUUGUUUAGCUUAUAUAAUUGCUUGUUUUUUUUUUUAUGUAUUAUAACUUAUCGAAGUACAAAAUGGUACUUUGAGUUGAGGCUGAUAAAUAAAAUUGUUCAAAUGUU